GGAUGCCAAAAGAGUUGUAUAAAUACGUCACACUCCCACCCUCGUUAAAUAAACCACCCUUUAACCCAAACUCCCUCCCUCCCGCUCGCUGGCUGAAAGAGAGGAAUGAAGAACUCGGUGUCGGAUCCGGACUUCUUCAUCCACAGCGAGGAGGAAGACGAUGAGGCCUUCAACUUGGAGGGAGGGAGGAAGGAUGGAGCGGCGGAUGAGGAUGACGAUGAAUCCGAUGACUCAGAAUUGUCAAGCCCGCGGCACAGCAGUAGGCCCAGCUCCUACAACACCACAUGGCCCCAGAGCUACAGGCAAUCCAUUGAUAUGUAUAGUUUCCUGGGCACACCUACGCUUAACGGAUUUUCAAAUUCUUUCAUUACUUCCUCCUUCCUUUCGAAACGCACCCCAGAAAUUACAACCUCGCUAACUAAACCCCUCGUACAAGAAGGAAGGAAGAGUUCUCAUACACUACUCCCUCCACCAAUCCCAACAAGGAGGCCACCUGCGAAAAGGAUCCAGGAUGAUCAUAAGCCUCACAGGGUCUCCCAUGAGUUGGCUGUCUCGCAACAGUGCUCUUAUGGUCAAGCAGUGCUCAAUGGCAUGAAUGUUCUAUGUGGGGUUGGGAUCCUUUCGACGCCUUAUGCUGUGAAGGAAGGAGGCUGGAUAGGGCUUUCCAUUCUGCUCAUAUUUUCAGUGCUUGCAUUUUACACCGGUAUCCUGCUGCGCUGCUGCCUCGAUGGUAAGCCAGGCCUGGAGACGUACCCAGAUAUUGGCCAGGCUGCAUUUGGCACCACAGGCCGGUUUGCUAUCUCUGUAAUCCUUUACUUGGAACUAUAU